ACGGACUGGUUCUCCAGCCGACUGGAACUCCGUAUAAAAAAGGUUGAUGGCUGAGUGAGCUUGCAAGAGCCAUACCAUCUCAGCAGUGAAAGUGUCUCGCGGUUUUUUACCGGUUCUCCAGCUUUUCUUUUCACUUCAAGUCACUUCAUCUGGUUAACAUGAUUAAGAUAUUCGUUGUCACUGGCUUGGUGGUUGCUGCAACUUUGCAUCUCAGCGAAACUAGUCCCUUGCGAAUUCAGAAAAGAGCUGCAUUCUACAUCGCAAAUGAAACAGCAUGUGUGGUGGAUAACACGGUCUACUUCAAUGGUGAUCCAAUUCCAACGGAUGAUCCUUGCGAGGCUUGUAAAUGCAGACCUCCAGGAUUUGCUUGUGUUCUUAAAGAAUGCGAAGUGAAACCAGGAUGCCGAGCAGUCAGACGAGCUGGACAUUGUUGUCCAGAUUAUAUCUGUGGCUGCGAACACAAUGGAAGGAUGUACCGCGACGGAGACGUAAUCCGUGACAGUCAGAAUCCAUGCUAUACUUGUCACUGUCAAGGUAGUUCCAUCGCCUGUGCCUUCGUUGAUUGCUUUUUUCGAGUUGACUGUGCCCCAGAAUACGUACCCGGUGAAUGCUGUCCACAGUACAAUCGCUGCACUUCUAUAGGUAUAUCAAAUACUACGUUUACUGGAGAUAAUGUUUUUCCUUCAACAAGUGAUGAACAGACUAGCUCUGAGGCUAGUUAUUCAUCAUCCGUUCCUCAAGAAACAGAAGUUCUACUAACUGUUGAACCAUCAGAGCCUACUAACAUAGAAAUAUUCCGAGAUGAAAUAUCUAACAGUCAGUCAGAAGAAGUGGAUUCAUCUCAACCAAAUUCUGAGGAAGGUGAUCCUCAAGAAGCAACUGCCUCGUAUAGUACUGAAGAUCCAGAACAAGAGUUGGAUAAAAGUGAGCAAACAGAAAAACCUAAUUUGCUACCAGCUACACAACCAAAUUCAGAAAUCAUAAGCUCGAACGAAGAACAGUUUACAGUAGUAACAACUUCAGUUCCUGAAGACUCGAACGUUAUUUCAGAAGAACAAGAAUCUAAGGAAGAAAGUUCAUUACUGAAUACAAAUUCUGAAAUUGAAUCCGAACAAGUAGAAAAAGAAGGAACUGAGAAAGCAUCGAGUUCAACAGAAACGUCAAGUUCAGCAUCUCCUGAAGAAGAAAUCCGUAUCACAUCUGAGGAAAGCUUGAUAAGUGUGAAAACAAAUGAAGACCUUAUUUCAACAAAUAAUGCUGCUGGUGAUGACCAAAUCAUAACAGAACAAAGUAUCCAAACAAGUGCUUCAGACAGCAGUUUAAGUUCUACAACAGACAGCACAGAAUUUGUUGACAAAGAAGCAGACCAUAGCAAAAGUUUGAAACUUCCAAAUGAUGAAAAUGAUUCUCAGGACUUGCGUACAGAAAUCACAGACAGCAAAGAAAAACUUGAUGACAGCAAUUCACAAAAUUCGAACAAAGAUCGUAUCGAAAAUUUAAGUAUGGAAAAUGCUUCGGAAGAAAAGCAGUCUGAGCAGUCAUCUACAGCAGAACCAAAAUUAACAACAGAAGAUUCAUUAAUUACAAGCUCAACAGUAAAAGAACUCUCGGAAGAAGCAGACGAAAAUAAAAAUGAGAAAGUAGAAACUGAUGAAGUCAAAGAUAUCCUUACACUAAAUAGCGACCAAAAAGAAAAAGCAAAUGAGCCACAAGAGGUACUAACAACGAAUGCAAAAGAAGCAACUGAUGAACCAUCCAAUAGUCAUGAAACGGAAAAUAUAAACAGCACAAAAGCAGAUGAAACAGCAGAAAUAUUAUUUAAAGCACUAAAUGAAGCCAUUGAAUCAGUUGUUGAUCAAAAACUCUCAUCAGAAAGUUCCUCUCUAUCAUCCACAAGUCAGGUAGAAAGCUCAACUUCAUCGAUAGAGAAAAAUUCAGAAGAGUCAUCUUCUCCUCAAACUACUGCUCCUACAACUGGAGAAAGGAAGACUCGGACAGAUAAAAGUGACACAACAUUUCAACGCACAACUUCAAGCACUAAAAAUGCUAAAAGUGAAUCUGCACAAUCUACAACAAUAAGUGAAACUCCCGAGCAAAAAGCAGCUAAAAAUAUAACCACAUUGCCAAGCAAAGAACCUACCGAAAAUAUUAAAUUAAUUACGGAAGCAACAACGUCCUAAGAAACCUCAAGUAACUCAAGUAAAAUUUUAAAAAACACAGGAACUCGGAAUUUCUAAGAGGACAGUGUAGGCAAAAAAGGCCUUGCGAUAUAAGAACUGAGGGAACAUUUACAUGUGUAAAUCAGCUCAAACUGUAACUUACACAUUGUAAAUGUUUACAACUUUUGCUUCGUAUAAUUCUCUAACAUGCUUAUGCGCUACUAUUAUACAUAGCAUACAAAAAACUGCAUCUCAGAGAAUUAUCAACAAAAAAUGACAUUGACCAACAAUGAAAAUUAUAAUAAGAAUGAGAUUAUCUCUUCCAAUUAAUAACUUAUUUCCAUAGUGAAAAGACAGACUAAAAUUGUGCACAGAUUCUGCAAAGCGGAAUGCUAAAUAAUUUAAAUGAAAUUAUAAAGAAAUUUCAUAAUUUCUCUCAAAAUGUUUAUAUUUUCCUUUAUUGUAUUAAAAUUUAAUACAUUUAGUCAUUUUUGUUGAAUACAUUUCCUCAAUAAAAUUUUUAGCAGCUUUU